UCUCAGUGUGUGUGUGUGAAGUUUUGAAGAGCUUAACCUGAUUUCCCGCGGGCUCCGUCUUGAAGCAGAGGAGCCAGGUACCUGGAGCCCAUUAGCACAGAGCUCCAUCUGUGAUUGGCUUUGCACUAGAAACCCGGAGACCGCUGCUGAAUAAUUGAUGUGCAUUGUGCAGUCGCUGGACAGGCGAAGAGAGAGAGAAAAACAGAGAGGCAUGGUGCCCCUGAGAAACAGACAAUCAGACAGCGAUAAAGAGAGCUUGUAGAUUCCUCUGGAGUUCUUCUUUGCCUGCUGUUCAAAUCCCAUUUCUCUGUGCAAUGAGAGGACUACAAUGAGAACCACAAAGGCAGAUCUCAGCUGUUGCUCUGCUGUCAUCCUGGUGCGAAGAGCUGGGACGACUGCUUUUGUUGCGGCACCAGAAGAAUCGUCAGAGCGAUCCACAGGGCAAAGUGCCCUUACAGCCGCCCAUGAACUCUAUGAAGCCCUCACUCUCUCAUGGUGAUGGGUCCUUUCCAUAUGAUGGUGUUCCCUGGCAACAGAAUGCUAACCAGGCCCCGGGCUCGUUGUCAGUGGUUACGACGGUGUGGGGAGUUACCAAUACGUCACAAAGUCAGGUAUUGGGUAACCACAUGGCCAACACCAACAAUCCCAUGAACCCCGGAGGCAAUACACUAGGGUCGGGUAUGUCAGCCAACAACCCAGGGAUCAACUCACCUCAUUUCCCUGGCCAACAACAACAGUUUUCAGCCAAAGGGGGUUCCAACCAGGCCUACAUGCAGCAAAGCAUGUAUGGUCGUCCAGGGCAUCCGGGAGGAGGAGGCUAUGGUGGAAGUUACCCGGGUGGGCCGAAUGCUCCGGGUGGCAUUGGCAUGUCCCCUCAUUCACGCCCCCCCUCUGACUUCACCCAACCUGCUGCUGCAGCUGCUGCCGCUGCUGUUGCUGCUGCCGCUGCCACGGCGACCGCCACUGCCACGGCGACCGUGGCUGCCCUGCAAGAGACCAGCAAAGACAUGAACCAGUACAAUCAGGUCUGUUCAUCUUUCCAGAUGGGACCUACGCAAGGCUACAACAGCCAGUUCAUGAACCAGCCUGGGCCCCGUGGCCCCCCGUCCAUGGCAGGAGGCAUGAACCCAGCUGGUAUGGGAGCUGGCAUGAAUAGCUCCAACAUGAGUGGCCCACCCAUGGGCAUGAACCAGCCCAGAGGGCCAGGGAUGGGACCCUUCGGUGGCCAUGGCCAAAGGAUGCCCCAACAGGGUUAUCCUGGCCCCAGACCUCAGUCAAUGCCCAUGCAGGGCACCAAGAGGCCCUAUCCAGGAGAGCCAAACUAUGGAGGCCAGCAGUUUGGACCCAAUGGUCAGUUUCCCAACCAGCAAGGGCAGUACCCAAACCCAAAUGCUUCAAGAGCUCUUCCUUCACCCAAUUACCCUGGCCAGAGGAUGCCGGGACAGCAGGGCUCUGGCCAAUACCCCCCAACAGGAGUUGCCAUGGGCCAAUAUUAUAAGCAAGAGCCAUUUAAUGGUCAGAAUAACAAUUUCUCCGGAGGUGGUUAUGGGUACAAUCAAGGAAACGGACCUCCUCGGCAGGUGGUGAACUACCCCCACUCGCCUGUUCCCGGUAACCCCACACCUCCCAUGACUCCAGGAAGUAGUAUUCCUCCAUACCUGUCGCCCAAUCAGGACGUUAAGCCCCCUUUUCCUCCAGACAUGAAGCCAAACAUGACGUCUCUGCCUCCACCUCCAACCAACCCCAAUGAAGAGCUGCGUCUGACGUUCCCGGUGAGGGAUGGGGUGGUGCUGGAGCCCUUCAGACUAGAGCACAACCUGGCCGUCAGUAACCACGUCUUCCAUCUGCGUCCCUCCGUCCACCAGACACUCAUGUGGAGGUCUGAUCUGGAGCUGCAGUUUAAGUGCUACCACCAUGAGGACCGGCAGAUGAACACCAACUGGCCCGCAUCCGUCCAAGUCAGCGUCAACGCCACCCCUCUCACUAUAGAGAGAGGUGACAAUAAGACAUCUCACAAACCCCUGCACCUGAAGCACGUGUGUCAGCCGGGGAGAAACACCAUCCAGAUCACCGUCACGGCCUGCUGUUGUUCACACUUAUUCGUGCUGCAGCUGGUCCACAGACCAUCAGUGAGAUCAGUCUUGCAGGGUCUUCUGAAGAAGAGGCUCCUGCCUGCCGAACACUGCAUUACCAAAAUUAAACGAAACUUUAGUAGUGUUGCAGCCUCCUCUGGGAAUACCACUCUAAAUGGGGAGGACGGAGUAGAGCAGACAGCCAUCAAAGUGUCCCUAAAGUGUCCAAUCACAUUCCGAAGGAUCCAGCUACCUGCUAGGGGACACGACUGCAAACACGUGCAGUGCUUUGACUUGGAGUCCUAUUUGCAGAUGAACUGUGAGAGAGGAACGUGGCGAUGUCCUGUGUGCAAUAAAACAGCAUUGUUGGAAGGGCUGGAAGUGGAUCAGUACAUGUGGGGAAUUCUCAAUGCCAUUCAAAAUUCAGAGUUUGAAGAGGUCACCAUUGACCCAACAUGUAGUUGGAGGCCGGUGCCCAUAAAGUCAGACAUUCACAUAAAGGAGGACCCAGAUGGCCCUCUGGCCAAGCGUUUUAAAACCAUGAGUCCCAGUCAAAUGAUCAUGCCAAAUGUGAUGGAUAUGAUCGCCCAGCUGGGUCCUGGCCCUUCACCCUACACCUCCCUACCCCCACACCAUGGAGGAAACAAUGGCGAAUAUGGUGGCCAAAUUAGAGGCAAUAGUUACCAGGGCCAUGGAAACUUUGACUUCUCCCACAGUAACUCUGUUGGCGGAGCUCCUAUGAAUGACUUCAUGCAUGGACCCCAGCUCUCCCAUCCACCAGACGUGCCCAACAGCCUCAUGGGCCCUGACAAGCCUCUCGGCAUUGGCAUGCCCGACUUGAUGCCCCAUCCUGUGAGUGCUGAUCAAUCCCAUGCUUCUAUGCAGCCAGGCAUGCACGCAUCUCCACAUCCCAACAGCCAAUCAGCUCAGCCAUUGCAUCACAGCGGCCCCCCAUCCUCCCAGCCCCCACGCCAGCCCCCGCCCCUACUGCAGCCCGGCCAAAACAGUCACCCGCAUCCCGAUAUGACCUUCAACCCUGCCGCUGAUGGGCAUCCAGGUGGCCAGGGAUCUGCAGACAUGCCCGAGCCUUCCCUGGAUCUUCUGCCAGAAUUGCCGAACCCAGAUGAGUUGCUGUCAUACUUAGACCCACCUGACCUCCCAAGCAGCAGCAAUGACGAUCUGCUCUCCCUCUUUGAGAACAACUGACUUCCUUCAAUUGGCCUUUUGGAGAGGCCUUAAUUUGUUUGGCUGUCAGGAAUCAAGAGGCACCCUGACCCUGAGGCACUCUGUACUUUGUAAACAGGAAACAGCCAUCCUUUUGCCUCUUCCUCAUGUAAAUAUCUCACUCUUUUACAAGCGACCUUUCCACACAUAUAUGACAGCCAUGUUGGUUGGCACUAAAGUGAUAUCUUUCAAUACUAAUGGAAAUACAUGUGCAGCUAUAAUCAAUUCAUAUGAAUACAUCACACAGAACUGUGUGUGUGCUCACUAGGAAAGUAUUGUAGCAUUUUUUAAAUUCAGAAAAGAAGACCUAAAUAGACAAAACAUAUAUAUAUAUAUGUGCCAGCCUCUGUGUGUCUGCAAUCUCUUGAAGGUUUGCUCUUCCAAGCUUUACCAUCACAUCUUCCCAAAUCCUUGUCAAAUGUCCUUAGCUGUCUGUCUGUCCAUCUCCAUUGAAAAAGCACAAGAAAAUGCAUCAAACUGCACCUGGAAGCCUGUAAAGGAGACAACAAAGGGAAGAAAGCUUAUAUCACAAUCACCGAGACAAUUGGCACCAGAAGGAUGUAACGCUCGCAUCCCAGAGACCAACGAUGGGAAUUUCCGAAAGUCCUCCAACACUCCCAUUCUCUCAUUUCUCCCAUUCUUGUCACACCAUAGGAUACAUGCGAACAUGUUCUUUUCCAGUAAGCGCAGCAGCUUUGCACCUCGUUUUGUAAUAUGAUUCAUAUGUCCACCACAUUCAAGCAUAUGCGUCAUGUUCAAAGUUAAACAAAUGCUAGAGGGCAUCACGACAUGUAUUGUUUCCUUCUCAAGACAAAAACAUUUCAGCACUGUACCCUUGGCAUUGUGCAUCUUCCGAUAUACUAUACCUCCUCCCGCAAUGUCCUUUGGAUUCUCCACACUAAUGGUCACAAAGCAAGAAGAAAGCAAAUCACAUUUCGAAGAGUAGUGAAUCUUGUGUCAUCUGCCUUCUGUGAAUUCUCGUCAUGCAUGAGGCUUGGUCGUUUUAGGCCUGUAAUGUUUGUACCUCUCUUUCAACAAACUGCAUACGAUGUUUAAACAUUCAGUGUUGCCAAUCGCCCCUUAUUUUAGUGAUAAAUUAAGACUGAUUUUCUUUUGUUAUUUGUUGUUUUUAUUCAGCCUUUUAUUCAUGAACUGUCAUAUUUAAAAUUUUAUUUUAUAAUGCACAAUAUAUUGUUCAUAUUAUGGUAAUAAUUUUUUAUUUCUUUUGUCCUGUUGUUACAAUAGUACAAAUGUACAAAACAUGUACAUUUAUCACAAGAUGUCCAUGGAUUACCAAAGUUAUGCACCCUGAUAUGAGAAGGUGUCCCAAACCUAUUUCGACAAGGUUAAACCUAUUUUCAACCAAAUUGUUAAACAUAGAUUUUGAUAAAAAUGUGUAAUUCCUUCUCACUUUUAUCAUUUUGUUUACAUGUAAAAUCAUAGUAAUUAUGCAGCAAACAAUGAAGAAAGCUUUUUUUUAGAAUAUGUUCUAUAUUUAUAGAUUUUACUUUUUAAUUCAUCUAUAAAAUUAAGCUAUAUAUUAACUCCACAUCCAUCAAAAAUAUUACAGAAACUGUACAUUUCAGUUAAUUUUUACAUAAAUAUGCGCCCUAUCUGUGUACAUCUCAGUCUAAACCUUUAUACAAUUAGAUAACAGCAGCUCACUAAAGUCAUCAUCAAUGUCCACUUGUACAAUGUUUUUUUUAUUUUAUUUUUUUAUGAGAACGAACGUUUUCUGGAUUCUUUUCAAAUCAACAAUGCCCUCUUGAAUAAUUUUCAGUAUUUAUGAGUAUGUUUGUUUGUAGUGAUGACAUUUCCAUGAAACUGAUGUUUCUCAAAGGCUGUCCUUUGUCCUAUUGAAUACUGUUUGGAAUGCGUUUUGUUGAAUGCAACCACCGUUUGAACAUGUUUUCACUUUAAGUUAUUUUUUUAUGAAUUGCAAUAUUAGGUUUUAGUUGUAUCUGUUCUUCUUGGUGUAGAAUUAUGUACAAAAAUGAUGUUUGUCAUUGACGAUUGAAAUACUUAGAACUCCGACAGGAAAAUGUGAGUUCAAAGUCUAUGGAGUUUGUCCGUAGUUCACUUGUAUAUCUUUUUUCAAAGAUGCACUGCCACGUAUUCGUUCCCACCUUGUAGACACAAAUAGGCAUAAACUGAACUUUAAGACUCCUAAAGUUGGCUCAUGCUGAAGUCUGAGUUGUCACAUACUAUCGCUGUACAGUUGUUGAGGAGACAGUGGAUGCUGGGGCAGAAACGGAAAGGGUUCUAUGAAUUAGACUGUGUUUACUUCUGAGCCACAGGUGAGGGUUUGGAGAGGGUCGAAGAGAAAACAGGGGAAGGGGCACAUUACAGUAGGGAUGCAUGUACAUAUGUAAAUGAUAAAUAGAGACAUGUUAACAGAAAUGUAUUCAUUUUCCCCUGGGAAAUGUGCAUUGUGUAUUUAGAAUUUGUAAAGCUUGCAUCCUCCCAUCAGAAUCUAAAUUGGGUAAAAUGAAUCUGUGUUUGUUAGCGUCUGUGGAACCUCUCGGCAUUUGUUCACUUUUGUAAAAUAUCCAUCCCACAUAACAGGAAUUUGGGCAGGGGAUAAAAAGAGACACAUUUGUUUUACAUUUGUGUAAUAUUUAGCUUAUGUGUAUUGCUCCAUUUCUUGUGUACUUCUCAAGGUGCUACAAAAGAUAAUGAAGAAAAUCCCGGGGAAUAAUUUGGAAAAUAGGGACACAGGGCCAUGAGCAGUUCUAAAAGAUUGUAAACAAAAUCCAGAGUUUGUACAAUUUUGAUAUCAUGAUCAGGAAAAAACAAAACAAAACAAAAACAAGGUACAAUCUGAGGUGAUUGGCGCCAAACGUUGCAGUUGUCUUUGCUUGUACAUUCUGUUGUACAAUCAUUUCAUAUUCUAAACUGGUCAGAAGAAAAGAAAAAGACAAAAACAACAAAAACUAAUUGUGAUUUUUAGUCUUGCAAAACUGUAUGUAGUUAGAUGCUGUGACAUCCUAAUAUUUAUCUAAUAAAUAUGUAUUCAGAUGAAACAA